GUGUGUGUCGCGCGGCCGUGUCCCCGCCCACUCCGGAGCUUGUGGUCUAUGGGGAGAGUGGCCGCUCCUCCAGCGGACUGGUGUCUCUGUUCUUCGCCGUGCCUUGUCUCUGCUGUCCGCAGAUCAGACCGGCGGGUCCCGGAGAUAUGAGCAAUUCAGGAUCCGUCCCCCCGGGCACUCCUGCCAGCCCCGGCCCUGACACCUACAAAGGAUGGCUCUUCAAAUGGACCAACUACCUGAAGGGAUACCAGAGGAGAUGGUUCGUGCUGAGCAAUGGGUUGCUCUCCUACUACAGGACACAGGCUGAGAUGGCCCACACGUGCCGGGGAACCAUUAAUCUGUCUACAGCUCACAUUGACACAGAAGACUCCUGUAACAUUGUUCUUUCCAAUGGUGGGCGGACGUACCAUCUCAAGGCAAGCUGUGAAGUGGAAAGGCAGAGAUGGGUCACUGCUUUGGAGCUGGCCAAAGCCAAGGCUAUCCGCAUGAUGAACAACCAGUCAGAUGACUCUGGGGACGAGGAACCAAGCUCACAGUCUGACAAGAGUGAGUUGCAUAGCUCUCUAAAAGCUCUGACCAGUAAGCUGGAUGACCUCAGCACGUGCAAUGACCUCAUCGCUAAGCAUGGAGCCGCCCUCCAGCGCUCCUUGACUGAGCUAGAGAGCCUUAAACUGCCGGCAGAGAGCAACGAGAAGAUCAAAUCUGUGAAUGAAAGGGCCACUCUCUUCAGGAUCACUUCCAAUGCAAUGAUCAAUGCAUGUCGCGACUUUUUGGAGUUAGCAGAUACCCACAGUCGCAAAUGGCACCGUGCUUUACAGUAUGAACGUGAGCAAAGGGUCCGUCUGGAAGAGACUAUUGAGCAGCUAGCAAAGCAACACAACAGCUUGGAACGAGCUUGCAGAGGGGCACCUGGCCUGUCCUCCAACACUACAGGAAUCCCCAGCUCUGUAAAAGGGAACGUCCAGGCUGUAAAAGGGGAAGCCAGUGAUGAAGAUGAGGAGACAGAGUACUUUGAUGCCAUGGAGGACGCACCAGCCUUUAUCACAGUAACAACUGACCCUAAACAGCACAGGCAUUCUGGAAGUAAUCUCAGCAGUGCUAGUGGAGGCCACCCAGAAGACUGGCACCUAGAUGACAAUGUUUUCCGCAGCUCACAUGAAGGCAGUUAUUUUGACUCUAAACGCAAAGAUGUCUUACCUAAGAAAAGGAGAAGGACCCGAAUUCCUGACAAACCAAACUACAGCCUUAAUCUUUGGAGUAUAAUGAAGAACUGCAUCGGCAAAGAGCUGUCUAAAAUCCCCAUGCCUGUGAAUUUUAAUGAGCCACUGUCCAUGCUGCAGAGGCUAACUGAAGACCUGGAGUACCAUGAGCUGUUGGACAAGGCAGCGAAAUGCGAGAACUCUAUAGAACAGAUGUGUUUUGUUGCAGCCUUUUCCGUGUCUUCCUAUUCCACCACGGUCCAUCGGACAGCAAAACCAUUUAACCCUUUGCUAGGAGAAACCUUUGAGCUGGAUAGAUUAGAAGAUUUAGGAUUCUGUUCCAUUUGUGAACAGGUCAGUCACCAUCCGCCAGCAGCUGCACAUCAUGUUUAUUCCAAGAAUGGGUGGACUCUAUGGCAAGAAAUUACCAUUGCCAGUAAAUUCAGGGGCAAAUAUCUCUCAAUUAUGCCAUUAGGGGAUAUUCAUCUGGACUUCCCCUCCACUGGGAACCACUACGUUUGGAAGAAAGUCACAUCAACUGUCCAUAACAUCAUUGUGGGCAAGCUCUGGAUAGAUCAGUCUGGAGAUAUUGAAAUUACAAACUUUAAAACCAAGGACAAAUGCCAAAUGAAAUUCACCCCAUACAGCUACUUCUCAAGGGACAUUGCAAGAAAGGUCACUGGGGUUGUGACUGAUACAAAUGGAAAAGCACAUUAUGUCCUGUCAGGAACAUGGGAUGAAAAGAUGGAAUGUUCAAAGAUUGUGCAGAGCAGUCAAGGCAAUGGAAGUGGAGAAGGCAAGCAGAAAACCGUCUACCAAACCCUUCCGCCAAAGCUACUGUGGAAGAAAUACCCUCUACCAGAGAAUGCAGAGAAUAUGUACUUUUUCUCUGAACUUGCACUGACUCUUAAUGAGCCUGAUGACUGCACUGCACCUACCGAUAGCCGACAUAGACCAGACCAGAGGCUAAUGGAGAAUGGCAAGUGGGACGAGGCAAACGUGGAGAAGCAGCGUCUGGAAGAGAAGCAGAGGGCUGUGCGAAGAAGGCGAGAGGCAGAAGCCGUAGAAGCUUUAGAAGACGGUAAUGACUAUGAAGGAUAUCAGCCACUGUGGUUUGAGCGGAAGGUCGACUCUUUCACUGGGGAGCUCAUAUGUGUUUACAAAGGUGGAUAUUGGGAGAGCAAAGAAAAACAAGACUGGUCCAUCUGUCCUGAUAUUUUCUGACAAAAAAAAAGCUACAAAUCUCACCACCUCAAGCUGGGCACACAGAGUGCCUCACAGACCAGAAUAUGGCAGCGCUCAGGAAAAGAUGGCAAAGGCCAACUUCCAAUGACAAAAAGUUGAGGGGAAAACCAAAACACAAAGCAUCUGAGUGGGAGGGUAAAAAAUUGAAAAAAUAGUGGUGCCGCGAUCAGGAAUCCGAAAAACAUAUUUUCUAAAGAUAAAGAAUUUUUUGUUUUGCUAUAGAAUUUCUUUUUGUAGCAAAUUAUAAUAGUUGGGACAUCAGCUUAUUUAUUUUAUUGCCUUUUAAUUUAAGUUAUGCUGUAUACACACACAUAUAAAUGUAUAUAUCUAUAUAUAUAGUUCUGGCUUUUCAGUAGCGUUUCCCCUCAUUCUAGUACAAUCCUAGGUUUCGAGGAGAACAUGAAAUGAUGGUACUUUUAGGAAUUUUAUUUAUGUACAUUAUAUUCAUAUGUAUAUUCUUGUUAACGAUGAAUUAAGUGUGCUUUUAUUUAUGGGCAGUAGAAAAUAUCAGAAAUUCUUUUUGUGUGGGUGGCCAUUUGUACAGUUCUUUGUACAAGAAACAAUGGUUUGCUGAAUUCAGAAAUACAUGGGG